AUGUGGUUAGGUGAUAUACCUACUGAAUUACAAGGACUGACGAUUCCAGAAGAAAAAUUAAUCUCACUUUAUCGUCACAAUAGCUGUAUAAUAAAACUUCAAUCGCCUUUUCAUUCAACUACAACCGCUCAAACAGCAUUGAAAGGCAACUGUAUUACUUUUCUUCAAAAUGUACCAAAUAUUGUCAAUAGUUUGCCACUUACACUUGCCGAUCUAUGUGAUACACUUAAAGUAAUUUUUAUUGGAGCUCGACCUCCUGAUCGUCUUCAUCUUAAAAAAGUUCUAACAGUACGCAAGAAGAAAAUUAUUCAAGCAUUAUAA